ACGAACGCGCCAGUAAUUUGCUCAGGCUCGAGACCAAAACUGGAUAUUAACUGUCCGUAUCCGGCGGUGUCCGGAGCCGGGUGGCCAAGCUGCAGUCCAGGAGAAGGCGCGAAUGUAGGCAAAGCCUUCCACCCACCCGCAAUGUGUCGACUGGGGGUCCUGCUGCUGCUGCUCCCCUCGGCCUUCAUGUCUUCCUCUGCUGUCCCGAUCCAUGAUGUCGACUCUCAGCAGAACUCUUCCGGGUUUCUGGGCCUUCAGAGUCUUCUCCAAAGCUUUAGUCGACUGUUCUUAAAAAAUGACCUGCUGCAAGGCCUGGACAACUUCUUCUCCUCCCCCAUGGACUUCCGAGACCUUCCCAGGAACUUCCAUCAGGAAGAAAACCAGGAACACAGAAUGGGGAACCAUACCCUCUCCAGCCACCUACAGAUAGACAAGAUGACUGACAACCAGACAGGGGAGGUGCUCAUCUCUGAGAAGGUGGUGGCCUCCAUUGAGCCAGAAGGGAACCCAGAAGGUGACUGGAAGGUGCCCAAAGUGGAGGCAAAAGAAGCACUGGUGCCCGUGCAGAAGGUCACCGAGAGCUUGCACCCAGAGCCCCGGCGGGUGGCUUUCUGGAUCAUGAAGAUGCCAAGGCGGAGGACCCAGCCAGAUGUCCAGGAUGGGAGCCGCUGGCUCAUAGAAAAGCGACAUCGCAUGCAGGCUAUCCGAGAUGGGCUCCGUGGAGGUGCCCGUGAGGACAACCUUGAGGAAGGGGUCCAUGUCCCCCAACGCGCCAAGCUGCCUAUCCGAAAGACACACUUUCUCUACAUCCUCAGGCCAUCCCAGCAGCUAUAAGGUGGGGACCAGAUAUCCCUGCAUGUCCCACACCCUUCCCCAACACCAUAUGAAAAUAAAGUUUUUUCUUACAU